AUGGCAAAGCCGACUAGAGGCCGUCGCUCACCCUUCAUCUCCGGCUCCGGUUCCUCUUCCCGUUCUCGGUCACGGUCCAGGUCUCCUUCGCGGUCCCGCUCUUACUCCGGCUCCGACUCCAAGUCCAACUCUCGCUCUCGGUCUGUGUCCAGAUCUGCUUCUCCACCUAGCUCUCAUUCUCGGUCCAGAUCCUUCUCCUCUUCCUCUCCUUCUCGCAGCGCUAGCUCUCGAAGUCGCAGCCCUCCUUCUAAGCGUCGAAGCCCUCCUGAUGCAUCUAGGAGAGGUUGUUCCCCUCCACCACAAUCUAAAAAAGCAUCUCCAGCUCCAAGGAAAGCUUCUCCCAUCUGCGAGUCUUUAGUUCUUUAUGUUGACUCACUGAGCCGGAAUGUCAAUGAAGGCCAUCUAAGAGAAAUAUUUAGUAAUUUUGGGGAAGUUGUAAACGUGGAUCUGGCAAUGGACCGUGCUCUUAAUCUUCCAAGAGGAUAUGGCUAUGUUGAAUUCAAGACGAGAGCAGAUGCUGAAAAAGCUCUACUGUACAUGGAUGGUGCCCAGAUUGAUGGAAAUGUUGUAAGAGCAAAGUUUACGCUUCCUCCACAGCCAAAAGUUUCUCCACCGCCAAAGCCAAUUGCUUCUGUUACUAAAAGAGAUGCUCCAAAAUUGGAUAAUACCAAUGCUGAUAUUGAGAGGGAUGGACCAAAACGACCACGGCAAUCUUCUGGCCAACGGAAACCCCUGCCCUCACCACGAAGGAGAUUGCCUGUGGGUCGAAGAGGUGGAUCUCCUAGACGACCAGCAGAGUCUCCAAGGCGGCGAGUAGAUUCUCCAGUUCGUCGUCGUGUAGAAUCUCCUUAUCGCCGUGGUGAAACAACUCUCAGGCGCCAGCCCAUCUCUCCUGCUAGAGGUCGUUCUUCAUUGUCUCCUCCAAGGCGGCUUAGAUCUCCAGCAAGGACCUCUCCUCGUAGAAUGCGUGGUAGUCCAAUCCGAAGACGUUCUCCUCCUCCAAGGCACCGUUCACCUCCAAGACGAGCCCGUAGUCCUCCUAGAAGGUCUCCCUUCAGUGGUAGACAUGGCCGUUCUCCAAUUCGUAAAUCUGCUCGUUCUCGUUCAAGGUCAAUCUCACCUCGGAGAGGCAGAGGACCAGCAGCAAGACGUGGAAGGUCAUCAUCCAAUUCCAGCUCACCCAGUCCGCGGAAGGUAGCAAGGAGGAUUUCAAGGAGUCGCAGCCCUAGGAGGCCAUUGAGAGGAAGAAGCCGCAGCAAUAGCAGCAGCAGUAGGUCGCCUCCUCGAAAGACUUAGGUUAUUUUACCGGAUUUUAGUUCCCCUAAGUCUGAUUGUAUUUUUUGUGAAUGAUGUAAUAGCAGGGUUAUAUUUACUUUCUCGAAAAUAUUUAUUUGAGUUGUGAUCUACUUAAUCGGUUCUUAACAUUGUCUUUUUCUGAACAAUCUAUCAUCUGUCUUUUGCAGAAGUAGUUUCAUUGAGUUAUUACAAAUUCCCAUCAAACACAAGUUCAUAUGUUUUUAAUAUUGUGAGCAACGGUUAAAGGUCAUUCGGAACCAACCUAGAUAAAGACAUUGUUUCACUUCUUUCAGCUUGACAUUGUUUGAACGAUAAUUGUUCCAUCCAUAGCUAAUAAAGAUCAUCCAUAGCUAAAGAAGAUUUUAAAUUUUAUAAGGGAGUUUGUAGAUUU